AUGAAUUGCGCAUUUCAAGAAAACGUUUCCAAGGACGUCAAGGUUAUUGGCAGUAAGAGGUCAGAGAAACGACUGUUGCGUCAUGCACAGGCUGAGGCAACAUCCUUUGAAGGAACUUCGGACAACUCACUCAAAGUUCCUACGAUAUCACAUCUAGUCCCAGCAGUGCCAAAACGUCCCACCCAUUCGGACGAGGAACCGUCAUUGGAUUCACGAAUUCGACGGGUCUCAAUGAUACUCAUGAGUCGCCAGCAUCAGUCGCAAAACGAGUCGAAAUGCUUGACUCAGCUGGAACACGGUGAUGCCCUUACCUCACACGCAGUCGACAACGAGGGGGCUGCACUCCAUCCUGAAAUGUCCACAGCGCGGGACUUACCACGGACCAUUACUACUAGACAGAUAACAGAAGAAUGGCCUUUGGUAUCACUUUCAGAGGAUAAAAAGAAAAUACCAAUUGUAAAGUCCAUUGAUAGAACUGAGAUAUCUUACAUGCCCAUAAAACAGCCAAAUGUCAAGCCGGAUAUACAUCAAAUUGAGGAAGACAUGCGGUUUCGGAGAAGCCGUCGACAGACGGAGCGUUUCUCGAAGGGGAUAGGAUAUCACUUAGGACGGCGCCGACGCCUGUUAGAGCUUCGACGGCGAAUGGCAGAUUUCUCUCUUGCUUUUGGACUUUUUGGAAUAUUCGCAGCAUUUCUGGACACAGAACUCGUGGCUAGAGCAUUGUACAGUAAGGACAGCAUAUAUUCGAUCAUCGUACGCGUUCUCAUAAGCGUUUCUACUGUGAUUCUUAUGGCCUUGAUUCUUUCCUACCACGCAUAUGAUAUAAUGAUUUUCCUCUGUGAAGAGUAUAUCAAGGACUGGCGAAUUUCGGUCACGAAAAGGCGCGUUUUGCAAGUGACCAUCGAAUUGAUCAUUUGCUCCAUACAUCCUACACCCGGGAUUAAUUUGUUCUACUAUAAACCUCAGGCAGCCAAGCCCAUCACGUCUUUUCAUCCUCGUUUACAUGAUGCACCUCUUUUGGAGGACUCAUUCAGCCCUUAUCUGCUGUUGGUUCUACCAAUGAUCGGGCGGCUUUAUUUGGCAUUUCGCGCUUUGCUGCUGCAUUCAAAAAUGUUCAAUGAUGCAGGCUCGAGAAGUAUCGGUGCUAUGAACAAGGUCAGCUUCGACCUGCGAUUUGUACUCAAGACUUUGAUGACCGUCUGCCCACUCAAAUCCCUUCUCAUCUUCAUUUUUACCAUCUGGAUUAUUCUCAGUUGGACACUCAGGGCAUGUGAACUUGAACAAGGAGAAAAUCAUUUGGGGCUUUUGAAUUCCGCAUGGCUGAUUUCAGUCACCUUCCUAAGUAUUGGCUACGGGGAUAUUGUCCCACACACUAGCUGUGGUAGGCUGGUGGCCGUCACGACGGGACUCAUGGUAAGCUCCUUGCAAGGUACUUGCUAA